GGGGCAGGUGUCUACGUGCGCGGAAGCCGGAAGUGUCCGCAGGCCGCAGAUCCCCUCGCAGCCCCGAGAAUCGGAACUCGCGCCCCGUUCUCUGGUCCCUGCGAUCAUGGCGGGGGUGAAAGCCCUUGUUGGUUUAUCCUUCAGUGGAGCCAUUGGUCUAACGUUUCUUAUGUUGGGAUGUGCCCUAGAAUAUUAUGGCGUGUACUGGCCCCUGUUUGUCUUGAUAUUUUACGUCCUUUGUCCCAUUCCUCACUUCAUUGCAAAAAGAGUGAGCGAUGACACUGAUGCAGCUAGCAGUGCCUGCAGGGAAUUGGCAUAUUUCUUCACAACUGGAAUUGUUGUUUCUGCCUUUGGAUUGCCUAUAAUCCUUGCACGUGUUGAAGCGGUACGUUCUGCUGACUCUUUCUUAUUAUAAGAAACUUACUACUGUUGCACAUUUGUUGACAGUUUUUAUGUCCUUGCCUCGCUUGUAUUGUUGCUCUUCUCAGCUCAAAUCUUCGAGUCAUUUCUGUUCACAAACUUUCAUUUUCAUCCCUUCUGAUCAUUAACUAGUCUGCCUGCUCCCAUUUCCAGAAUUCUUGAUAGUAGCUCUUCUGAAAUCUGUAUCUAUGCCUGUUCCUUUUCUGUCUUGGGUAUUACAGCUCUCUUAUUUUGGUCUUCUAAAAAUUCUGUUCACAGCAGUUUAGGGCAUCCAAAAUUAUGUGAAAUAAAAUGGAAUUCUUGCUUAAAGAAAUAGGACCAUAUGUCCAAAAACUACCUUCCGGGUUUUCAAAACAUUCCACAGACUUGCUCUACCCCACCUUUUGUCCAUCCACUAACUCCAUUCCUCUCUGCCCCAUCCCUGAGCUGCUCCUCUGGGAUGGAUUCAGUCUGACACUGGUUCUUUGCCAUGUAUGUGGAACUCUUUCCUCCCUGCUGCUAAACUACUGAAAUACUUUUUUUCUUAAUAUCGCUUUACAGACUUCCUCUUUUACUUAGGCUUUUGCACACUUCAUUCUAAUGUAUUUUGUAAUGCUCUGUAUGAAGGACACUAUAUAGAAACAAAUUGUUUUAUCAAUUGUAGGUUUUUGACAAUAGGCAAAACCAUAAUUGCCCACAAGAGGGUACUCUAAUCCCUAGCAACAUCUCCUAAGAGCAAAAUAUUUUUAAGGCUGGAGCAUGGGAUUGUUUGGCUACAAAAAGCUAUUGCUAUUUAUUUUUGCAAAUUAUUGUUCAUUGUUAUUCCUUGCCUUGAUUUUAUGGAAUAUCUUCCAAUCUGUAAUGCAUAGAAACUAGGAGAAAGCAUUGAGCUUGAAAGAAUUUUCUGUAUCCUAUAUUAUUUGUUCUUUUUGCCAAGAGGAUUCUGCUUUAAGAUAAUUGUUU